UUGUGGGUUUCACAUGUAUUACCCUUAAAGAAACCUUUUUGAGCUUCUUGUUUCACUAUAAAUUUUGAAGUUGAGAAGUGUUUAUGCAUUGCAAUAUUGAAGAAAAAAAAAAAAAUGAAGUACAUCUGCUUUCUGGUGUUUGUUGCUAUUCUGGGCAUUGCUGUGCUCAAUAUAGCAGAAGGUGCUGGUGAGUGUGGGAGAUCAUCCCCUGACAGGGAAGCCUGGAAGUUGGCUCCUUGUGCAAUGGCAGCACAGGAUUCGAAUGCUCAAGUGUCUGACAGUUGCUGCCAGCAGGUGAAGAAAAUGGGCCAGAAUCCAAGAUGCCUCUGUGCUGUUAUGCUUUCUAACACAGCUAAGAGUUCUGGAGUCAAGCCAGAAAUUGCUGUCACCAUUCCUAAACGCUGCAACAUUCCUGAUCGUCCUGUGGGUUACAAAUGUGGAGAUUACACUUUGCCUUGAACAUGAAGGACCCAAGUCAUGGUUCCCGGUGCUGUGUGCCUAACAUUAGAAGUACCCUGUGUGCUGGAUUUUAUGCUUUUCUUUAACUAGUUCAUCUAGCUGAUGAAUUGACCGUGACAUCUGGCUAUUUGAAUGAUAAAUAAAAAGCUUGUGUUUAGUUAUCUUUCUAUAACAUUUUUCUUAUUGCUCAGUUCUCA